AAUGAGAGCGCGGGGCUAGCAGAGCAGCCGCUGGGCUGUCCAAUGAACAGGCGUGUUUCCGCGGUUAGGGGCGUGGCAGAAGCGGUCGUCAGGGGCGUGGCGGCAGUUGCUUGGGCGGGGCCGGUAGCGGCGGGAGCUGCACUGGCCAGGGGUUCCGGCUGCAUUUCCAUGACCGCCGGCGGCCGCCGCGGAGCUGCGGGAGCGCGACCGGGGGCGAGCUGGGCCGCUGUAGUCAACCAAGAGCAGCUUUUAGGUUAAAUCGAAUAAGAGAUCUGACCUGACCAGCCCAGCUGUUCAACUCUUCUUCAAGAUCAAUUUGUAUUCGUAGCAGAGAAGAACUGGUGACGUAGAUCAAGAUGAACGCCAUGAUGGAGACCUCCGAGCUCCCGGCCGUAUUUGACGGGGUGAAGCUGGCCGCGGUGGCCGCCGUGCUGUACGUGAUUGUCCGGUGUUUGAACCUGAAGAGCCCCACAGCUCCGCCCGACCUCUACUUCCAGGACUCGGGGCUCUCGCGCUUCCUGCUCAAGUCCUGUCCUCUCCUGACCAAAGAAUACAUCCCACCAUUGAUCUGGGGGAAAAGUGGACACAUCCAAACAGCCUUGUAUGGGAAGAUGGGAAGGGUGAGGUCGCCACACCCGUAUGGGCACCGGAAGUUCAUCACCAUGUCUGAUGGAGCCACUUCGACCUUUGACCUCUUCGAGCCCUUGGCUGAGCACUGUGUGGGAGAUGACAUUACCAUGGUCAUCUGCCCUGGAAUUGCCAAUCACAGCGAGAAGCAGUACAUCCGCACCUUUGUCGACUAUGCCCAGAAAAACGGCUAUCGGUGCGCUGUGCUGAACCACCUGGGCGCCUUACCCAACAUUGAACUGACCUCGCCACGCAUGUUCACCUACGGCUGCACCUGGGAAUUUGGAGCCAUGGUAAACUACAUCAAGAAGACAUAUCCCCUAACCCAGCUGGUGGUCGUGGGCUUCAGCUUGGGCGGUAACAUUGUGUGUAAAUACUUGGGGGAGACCCAGGCCAACCAAGAAAAGGUUUUGUGCUGUGUCAGCGUGUGCCAGGGCUACAGUGCACUGAGGGCCCAGGAGACCUUCAUGCAGUGGGACCAGUGCCGGCGUUUCUACAACUUCCUCAUGGCCGACAACAUGAAAAAGAUCAUUCUCUCGCACCGGCAAGCUCUUUUUGGAGACCAUGUGAAGAAACCCCAGAGCCUGGAGGACACGGACUUGAGCCGCCUCUACACAGCCACAUCUCUGAUGCAGAUUGACGACAAUGUGAUGAGGAAGUUUCACGGCUACAACUCCCUGAAGGAAUAUUACGAGGAAGAAAGCUGCAUGAGAUACCUGCACAGGAUUUAUGUACCUCUCAUGCUGGUGAAUGCAGCCGAUGACCCCUUAGUGCACGAAAGUCUUCUAGCCAUUCCAAAAUCUCUUUCAGAGAAACGGGAGAACGUCAUGUUUGUGCUGCCCCUGCACGGGGGCCACCUGGGCUUCUUUGAGGGCUCUGUGCUGUUCCCUGAGCCCCUGACAUGGAUGGAUAAGCUGGUGGUGGAGUACGCCAAUGCCAUUUGCCAGUGGGAACGCAACAAGUCGCAAUGCUCCGACACGGAGCUGGUGGAGGCCGACCUGGAGUGAGGCACCCCCCGGACUCUGGCGUGCUCCAGCCGCCCUCCUCUGGAACUCUCAUCCCUCACCGGCUGUUUUCAGGUCUCCCAUCUCCCUCAGCGACCUGGAUCUGACCUCACACCAUCAACGGGGACCACCCACCAGGCACACACGCAACCUGAAGUGGGUGGCCAUCCCUGGGAGCUCCAGGCUAUUUUUGUGCUUAGUUACUGGUUUUGUCCAUUGCAUUUGUUAGCCAUGGUGACAAGCGACAGGGUUCUCACCCUGCUGUCCGGUGUCAGCAUCGGAUUGCUUUCAAGCCAAUUACAUCUAGUUUCCCUAUUAAAAAGCGUGUCUGAACAGCA